GUCAGUGUAGUUUCUUUCCAUUUCUCCCUUUCCUGCGUUUUCGCAACAAUAGUUCGUUCCAGCGUUGCGUUCUCCGGAAGUACCGAGGCUGUUCAAUUCCUUGUCUCCGCUGGGGCCGUUGGUGCAUCCUCGGGUUCCCUGAAGUCGAAUCUGUUCCGCUGCGGCUCAGAAUCCAACAGCCAACAUGUCAAGCAAAAGGGCAAAGACCAAGACCACAAAGAAGCGCCCCCAGCGGGCUACUUCCAAUGUAUUUGCUAUGUUUGAUCAGUCACAGAUUCAAGAGUUCAAAGAGGCAUUCAACAUGAUUGAUCAAAACAGAGAUGGCUUCAUUGACAAAGAAGACCUGCAUGAUAUGCUUGCUUCACUUGGGAAGAAUCCAACAGAUGAAUACUUGGAUGCUAUGAUGAAUGAGGCUCCGGGACCCAUAAACUUCACCAUGUUUCUUACAAUGUUUGGAGAGAAAUUAAAUGGCACUGAUCCAGAAGAUGUAAUCAGGAAUGCCUUUGCCUGCUUUGAUGAAGAAGCAACAGGCUUCAUUCAGGAAGACUACCUGAGAGAAUUGCUCACGACAAUGGGAGACAGGUUUACAGAUGAAGAAGUAGAUGAGCUGUUCAGAGAGGCACCAAUUGAUAAAAAGGGCAAUUUCAGUUACAUUGAGUUCACACGCAUCCUUAAACAUGGAGCAAAGGACAAAGAUGACUAAACAGAACUCUUGAGUCUGCAGUUCUCUUUAAAUCUCACUUGCGGUUAUCCUUUGAGGGUUUUUUUCCUGGUAGAACCUGUUGCAUGCAUUUAGCUUUACAGCUUUUGCCUUUCUUGAUGUAUUUAUCUAUACCAGGCCAUUCUGGCACAUCUUGCACCUGUGUAAUCAGGUCAGCAAUGAAGAUUGUGAGUAUGGUGAAAAGAGUUGGAGGGUAAGAUCAGUGAUUCUGAAGGCCCAGGAAAAAAAGGUCGCAGUUCUGGUUUAGCUGGAUUUUUACAUUUUGUAAUAAUGCCAUUUUGAAAUAAGAUUGCUAUAUCAAUAAAAUUCCUCAAAUGCUG